AUGAUCCCUCUCCCACUCACACGACGAAUACCGGGCGCGUACCUACGCGCUUCGCUCACGCGGGCCUACACUCCUGGCUCUAAUUCCUCUUCUUCCGGUCAACGCCCAACUACGGUGCACCCUCAUGCCGCCCAUGCAGCCAACAAACCCAUAACAAAGCCGAAAGUGCCUCCUACGUCGAAGCCGACACCACAUGCGCAUGCGCACGGGCCAGCACAUGCCAGUCAGUUCGCUUCGCCGAUAAAGCUUGCCAGCGCUACGCCCCCGUCACCCCGACACGAGGUGCAUGAGGGCACAUCUGCGCUCUCCGUGCCGUUCAACUUCCCGGGGGCGGGAGGCGGGUCUGGUCCUGGAGGCGCAUCUACCGGGGGAGCAAGUACUGGGAAUCCCUUGCUAGAUGCUGCAUUAACUACCAUCGUCGGUCUCGGCAUGGUGUUCCUCGGGGGUGUUGGGUACAUAAAAUGGUACAAGAAGAACGUCCUUGACAAAAUCGAGCUCGCCUUCGCGCCAGGGUACGAUCCGGCGCUGGAGCUGGCGAACGCGUCGAAGAAGGGUCACACACAGCACACGCACGGUAUGUCUGAUUGGUUGCGGAAAGAGCAGGACUUGAUAGAUAGGAUGAUCAAGGGUGAAGAGGCGGGGCAUUAUUUCAUUCUACUUGGACCUAAAGGCUCCGGUAAGGGUACCAUGAUCUUUGACGCUAUGUCCACCAUCGACGCCGACGGCGUCGCCAUGUGCGACGCGCACCCUGACCUCGAGGUCUUUCGCCUGCGCCUCGGCAAGGCCCUGAACUACGAAUUCAACGAGGACACACAGACGGGGCUGUUCCAGAGAAGAGAUCCGCGCGAGGGGGGGCCGUCGUUGGAUAUUGAACGAGCCCUCAACAAGCUCGAGAAAGUCGCGCUCUCAUUGCACGCGCGCCGGCAUAAACCUAUCGUGCUCAUCAUCAACAAUGUGCACUACUUCAAGAACGAUGACGAGGGCAAGAACAUGCUAUUACAGCUGCAGCAGAAGGCAGAGGCGUGGGCGGCGAGUGGGGUGUGUACGAUUCUGUUUAGCUCCGACGACUACUGGCCGUUCUACCACCUGCGCAGGUCUGCGACCCGCAUGCACGUCCUAUCCAUAUACGACUUGAAUUAUAAGGAGUCGGUGCACGCGUUGAAGCGUAUGCGACAAUCCGAUGACCAGGAGACCACCCCCACCAAGAAACGCGACGUCUUCUCCGAAAUCGUCGCAAAGGUCGGCGGGCGGCUCGGCUACCUCAACAAGGUCGCGCGGCACAAGGAUAUGCACGAGAUGGCGGACCACCUGCUGAGCGUUGAGAAGGCGUCGCUCCUCAGCCAGAUUGGGCUCAUUGCGGACCAUGACGACGACGUUAUGGACGAGCAAAAAUGGUCCUCCUGUUCAUGGCUGCUCCUUCGCGAAUUCGUGCGCGCGCGGUACGAGCAGGAGAAAGAGCAUCUCGCAUCCUGUUUGGCGAAGGGUAUCAAGGAGGAGGAUGUCGAUUAUAGCGGGCUGGACUUACCCAAGAUCAGUUACUAUCGCUCACGCCAAAUAAUGACGCGCACGGACUUCCUCGAGGACCUCGACCGCGCAAACAUCAUCUCCAUCGACGCGCACCACGACAUCCGUCCAGACUCCAUGCUCAUCCUCCACGCCGCGCGGGAGAUGUGCGAAGAGGAGGGCUUCGACGAGCUGCUGGACGAGGUUCGGGACAGGAUCGACGAAAUUGAGAGUCUGCAUCGGACGAGGGAGUUGACUGUGAGUGACUUCACUGAAUUGAUCAAGUUGAUUUUGGGAGUAGGAGAGGAGCGGGGGAAAUGGAGCUGA